UUUGAGAAAAUGGAAGGCAUAUAAAUAUAGAAGAUUUUCUAGGGGUUCAAUAGCUGGGUGACUUUAAUGGAAUUUACCCGAAGAAUUUGAGCUACGUACACCGCCAGCCUUUCCCAAACAUCUCGAUGGUUCUGAAAUUACGAAGACUUUGACAAUGGAGGGUUGCGAUUCUUCGGACCGCCGGCGACAUUUGCCGGAGGACGUGCUGACUUUCAUUCUGCUGCGCCUCCCGCUGAAGUCCGCGGUCCGAUUUAAGUGCGUUUGCAAAUCGUGGCUUGCCCUGAUUUCCAGGCCCGAUUUUAUCAUCAAAUGCCUCAAUCGGUCCAAUUCAGCAGCUAAUCUUCUUGUGAGACGCGUCGUCGAUCGGAACACCGAAGCACUCGAAUUCUCCGUCUUCUCCUCUGAUCAGUCGCUGGACGAGAACGCCCGCCCAAUCACCACUCUCCGUCCGGAUUUUCUAGCACUCGAUGACUCGUGGCCCAUCUUGAUUGGUCCCUGCAAUGGCGUUCUCCUGGUUCACAUCAAUGGUGUUGAGGAGCACCAUUACGGUGUCGUUCUUUGGAACCCCUCAACCGAGGAGUGUUUAGAGCUGCCCCCAUCGCCCGUCCCUCGCUAUCCUUACAGCGGCUUUGCCGACGCUUAUGGGUUCGGCUUUGAUCCAAAAACUGGCGACUACAAGAUCGUUAGAUUUUUGAACUGCAGCUCUGAUGAUCCCCUCACGAGUUGCUUCCAACAAGUAGUGGAAUUAUACACCCGAAGCUCUGGUUCCUGGAGAGAAAUCCGUCAAGAGGAAAUCGAGGGUUUCAAUUUGCUGGAAAUUGAUGUUGAUCCAUCCACCGUGGGCGCAUAUAAGAACGCAGCUCUUCACUGGUUGGUGUCAUUUGGGUGCGGUGGGCGCACGAUGAUCCUCUCAUUCGAAGUGAGCGAUGAGGUGUUUGAUCUUAUGCCUCUGCCGCCGCAUCUGGGCUACCCUUACCUUCGUCUCUUCUUGUUGGACGAUAUGAUUGGGCUGGUUCAUUAUCCAUGGGAUGAAUCUGUAACAACAACCAGCUUGAGCAUAUGGGUGAUGAAUGAAUACGGGGUUGGAGAAUCUUGGGUUAAGAUACUGACGGUAGGACCUGUAUUUGGACUGUACUCUCCAGAAGGGUUGUGGAAUAAUGGUGAGUUUCUACUGCAGAGGAGGGAUGGAGAGGUAGUCUCCUACGACCCCACCACUCAGAAGGUCUUUACUCUUCAAUAUGCUGGAGAGACAUACGGUACACCAGUUAUCAUUUACAAGGGAUUUUCUCCAUCUGGUUUCAACUUGCUAUGUACAUAAAUGGUUAAGAUUUGACCAGCAUUUGAGCUGUGCUUUUCCGGAAGGGUUCUGGUAGAAUGGUUAGUUUCUGCUGCAGAGGCGGGAUGGAGAGGUAGUCUCCUACAACCCCACCAUGCAGAAGGUCUUCACCCUUCAACCUGCCGGAGAGACAAACGGUACAUCAGUUGUUACAAGGAAUGUACACCAUUUGUUACGUGGAAUGUACACCAUCUGGUUUCAACUUGCUAUAUAUAUAUAAAUUGUGCUUCAUAA